CUAAAUAUACCCAUACCUCCCAACCGUCACGGAUCCGGCGGGACAGUCCUUGCAAUUGCUGUCCCGAUACGGGAGAGGAAUUUUGGUUCUCAAUCAUGGAUUCAUGGAGUGCCAGUGAGAGAUCAGUUACACCAGAAUGUGCAUCAAUGAUUAUCAGAAGACAACAGAAAUUAUUUGAUCUUAAAAGUACAUAUAUCUGUUUUAUUGGUUCUCUCACAUUCUUGCCAGUGUGCCACUUUGCAUCCUUAGAAGUUACAGGACAGCUGCAUAAAGAUGUUCUCCUGCCAUGUACAGUCACCUACAAGGAGCAGUUUGAUUACAGGCACAUUGUAAUUCACUGGCAGCGAUUAGAAAAUGAUGAUGUGGUCGAUAGUUUCUAUUAUGGCUCGAGCCAGCCUGCUUAUCAAGCCGAUUCCUAUCGAGGUAGAACAGAGAUGUUUUAUGACUUAUUGCCUUCGGGUAAUUUGUCGUUGCUUUUGAAGAACCUGCUCAUGUCAGAUGCUGGAUCUUACGCUUGUCACAGCCAACUAAAGUCUUCAGGAUUCACCAUGCAAUAUGUGAUCCUUAGAGUUGAAGAGAGAAGUGAUGACCAGAUUGAAGAAUAUAAGUUUCUAUCUGAACCAAGAAUUGGCAUUUUUCUCAUCAGUGUGGCUUUCAUUUUGGGCUUUGGUCUCCUGCUAUUUGUUAAACUGAGACAAACAAGAAAUGGAAAAAUAAAAAGCUGA